AUGACGGGUAGAAGUGCAACAUCUAGUUGGUGGAUUCAUUACAAAAAAGUAGCAUUCAUCUGGUUUAUCUCUGCCUUAUGCUUCUUCAUUUUGUUCCAAAUGGCCCUUCAUAACUCCUCAAACACCCUUUCAUCACCUUCUUCGGAUUCUUCAAAUUUAAGUUCGGAGAGAAGAUCAAAAUUGUAUGAUAAGAUGGCAAGGGAUCUUGAUGAACAUGGAGCUGCUUUUCUGAAACAUGGUGAAACCUCUCAGUCACUUUCUAUUUCAGAUCUCUUCACUUUGAAUGGUGGAUCUGUAACACCUGUAUUAAAGCCUGCGAAUCCUCCGGUUCGAGCUAAUGUGUUGUAUUUGAGCACUGAAUUCUCGGUCCCCGUUGCGGAGGCUGUCAAAAAUAUUUUCAAUCCAUACUUCGAUAAAGCAAUCUGGUUUCAGAACUCUAGCAUGUACCAUUUUAGCAUGUUCCAUGCCUCUCACCAUAUUGUACCUGUACCUGCCACGAAAGAAGAGAUAGAAUCUGAAGCAUCUUUAGUGGAAACUGUUGCGGCAGGGCUCUGCCCUUUGAAUAUUGUUUUGGAUCGAGUGGUUUUAACUUCAACAGGAGUGCUCCUUGGUUGCUGGCAGGUAAUCUCGGGUACAGAUCCCAUAACCAUUCGUGCUAGAUUGAAGAAUGUACUUCCACGUGCACCUGAAAAGCAACUUUAUGAUGCUGCAAUUCUUCACACUACAUUCGCACGGCUUUUGGGUCCACCAAGAGCAUCGUCUACGGAACAUCUUACAACGUCAGGUGAACUCAAAUUUUUUCAUGAGUUAGUGAAUCAACUUAAUAGACAGAUCCGCGGAUUCAAGGCAGUGGUGUCCGAACUGUGGUACGUCGAGGAAUAUGAUGUGCUUGCUCUUGCACUUAAUGGAAAAAUGAACGGUCACAAAUUCAUACUUGGUUGCUCAUCAAGAGAUUGA